AUGGUGGGACUGGAGUUAUUUAUUAUCUUUAUAGGUCAUAUGAACAGUGGGAUCGAGUGCACUCUCAGCAAGUUUGCGGAUGACGCCAAGCUGAAUGGUGCAGUUGAGAUACUAGAUGGAAAGGAUGCCAUCCAGAGGGACAUGGAGAGGCUUGAGAUGUGGACCCAUGACAACCUCAUGAAGUUCAACAUGACCAACUGCAAAGUCUUGUGUCUGGGUUGGGGCACUUUUAAGCACAGACACAGCAUUUUGUUUGCAGACAUUGUGGGAUUUACUAGUUUGGCAUCGCAGUGCACUGCCCAAGAGCUGGUGAAGCUGCUAAAUGAGCUCUUCGGCAAAUUUGAUGAGUUAGCUACCGAAAAUCACUGCAGAAGAAUAAAAAUCCUAGGUGACUGUUACUAUUGUGUAUCAGGCUUAACCCAACCCAAAACGGACCAUGCCCAUUGCUGUGUUGAAAUGGGACUGGAUAUGAUUGACACCAUCACAUCUGUUGCAGAAGCCACAGAGGUUGAUCUCAACAUGAGAGUUGGAUUACAUACAGGAAGGGUGCUUUGUGGGGUCCUAGGUCUCCGAAAAUGGCAAUACGAUGUCUGGUCAAAUGAUGUUACUUUAGCCAAUGUAAUGGAAGCUGGAGGAUUGCCUGGGAAGGUUCAUAUUACAAAGACCACCCUAGAGUGCCUAAAUGGGGACUAUGAAGUAGAACCAGGAUAUGGCCAUGAAAGGAAUAGUUUCUUGAAGAAACAUAAUAUUGAAACAUACUUUAUUGUGCCAUCCCACAGGAGAAAGAAAUAUAUGUCAUUUACAUGGUCUUAUCGAACAACUUUAGUUGCACAGGACUUUCAGAUGUUACUUACUGUAAUGUUUUUCUUUGUUCUUGUUAUGCUACACCUUGGCCCACUGAAUUCUGAAAUUUUGGAAAUUCAUGAGUCCCAUGAAUCCUCACCAAGAUUCUGUGGUAGUGACUAUGGUAAAUAUGGAGAAUAA